UUACGCCUACCGUACCUUCCUUCAUGCCAUGUAGAUCUAAGGUUGACUUCUGUCACCUGCCCCUCUAUUACGACACCACAGAGCUCGGCUGCAUUCUCCUCUCAACAACCAGAUCAGCAUUGCUGCUCCCAAGAUCUCCACUCUCUCGCCUGGCUCCCUAUUUCUCUUGUCGUUUCUCAUCGUGUUGACAGUGGAGAUCAAUCUCUGAUCCGGGAUAUUCGAGUGAGGCUUCCCACUGUUCCCACUGCGGUGUGUCCAACCAGCGUGAUGAAAACUCGCUCAGUCGCUGCUGCUACUUCCGAGUGUAGCACAACUCCUUCAGACGUAGUUAUGACCCGCGUCACUUCAAAUGGGUUCAGUGCUGCCAACAGCACCAUCCCAGCGACCCAGCUGGCUUUCAAUACUAGCCAUGUCGUCAUACUGGAAGAGCUUCUGACUAUGCGACGGACGCUAGAGGGCAUAUCUCGUCGUCAAGAAGCCAAUGACGAGACCGUCAAAGCCAGUGAGAUGAGAAUGCAGGAACUGCAGCCCAUGCCUAAACGACUUGACGACAUUGGCUCCGAACUGAACAACCAAUACUCCUUAGCCGAGGACAGGAUUCGCAGACAAGAGGCGGAUCUCAGGAUUCUGGCCGACAAAUUGAUUCGGAGUGAUGAGGAAAGAUUAGACCUGGCACGCAAGGUAGAGCAGCUUUCUACCAAGAUCUCUCUUCAAGCAACGCAAGCAGACUCUCAGGAUCUUUCCCCGACUCGGGUUGCGACCAAGCGGAAAGAGGAAUUUGUACCGUUGGCAUCCGAAUCUGACAAGCACCCGAUGCCCCACGCAGUGGUUUCCGACGGACCAAGCACUGCGGUCAACCCUCUACCGACGAGAGCACAUAAAAAGUUGAAGGUUGAAUCUCUCAAGGUUUCCAAACGCAAAAUCUCGGGUUUCCGGAAAUAUGUACAGGCUUCCAAAAGUAGCUAUCGAAAGGCACCGCCUAAGAACAGUAGCGACAUGAAGAGAUUCAUUAAUCGCUUCAUUGAGGGGAUCGAGGACAAGAUGAUUUCUGAAAGGUUGCAAAAACGCCUCCUGAAGCGCUUCCAAUCGGUAAUUCGAGAGUCGAAGUCCAAGAGAGGACCGCGAAGUAUUGUAAUCGAAGGGAACUUGCAUUGGGAUGAGAUUUGCCCGCUUCUGGACCUUGCCAGCUUUUCAGAGGACGAGGACGAGGAGGAGAACUGACGCGGCAUUUCUUGAAACUGAGCCAUGAAAUGUGCUUUUGGAGCUUCUCGGAAAGG